CCGAGGCCACCAGACCGUUGGUGUCUCAUGCCAUGCUGAAUCGGAACACAGAAGUGCGCCUUAUCGGUCAUACAAACUUCUCAGCAUCACAGAUGUUGUCCUUCCUCAACCAGUUCUUCCAACCAGGGACUUAUGAUCUCAUUUGCAAAAAUUGCAAUAGCUUCUCAGAUUGCGCCCUCUAUCUCCUUUUGGGCCAGCGAUUAGAGGCGAAGUACUCGCGAAUGGAGAAGACUGGAAAAGCAGGGCAGAAGAGAAUUGGCCUGAUGUCCGCGCUGCGUUUGAUCGGCAUGAACUACAAGGCCAAUCCAGCAUCGCAGAACUUUCAGGUAGAUGAAGUUCUGGCGAAGACGGACAUCUACAUGAGAGGACAUGGAGUUCGAGGGCACCCCAAGCUGGAGGAUAUGGACCAAUAUGCAAGCACACCUCGCGUGUGUUGCUGCUGAAUGAGUCAUGAGCCCACUCCGUGGGCUGCGUCACCUGCCCACGGACAUUUCAUCACCAUUUGAUCUACAACAAUUGCGAUGUUGGAUGGGGUGUUCCCCCAUUUCAAGAGCCCAUUCAGUGGCCAAAGCCAGCAAGCAGUCUCUUGAAGAGACUCUCAAAGAGGCACAAGCGCAUGAUUUGCAAGUGUGACAGAUUGACAUCGUACAGCAGGAAAUUUCCC